CCAAUGGCUCAAGACAAGACAAGGAAGGCUGGAGGCAACAACGAGCUACUUUCAUGUAGUGUCAUGGCCUCAUCAGGAGGCCAUGAUGCUAUUAUGCAUCGGGCCCAUUUGAAAUGUGAUUAGAUUGCCGGUCACUGUUGUUCGUGCAUUUGAUGUCGUGGCGUGUGUGUUCUUUUGGAUUUUGAUGUCACACAGAAGUUGCAAUUAACAUGCGGGUCCUCACGAAGCGAUCCUCGCGCCUGAGGGCUAAUAAACCGCCAGAGGACAGCGAAGCCCGCCCUUUUAAACCAUCUGAAAUUUCCACCUUAACUUCAACCUCUGAAUCCAAGGCCAAGGACGCCGAAGAUUCAGAGGAGUCUGAAGAGCCUGGAAAUCGGAGGCUCUCGAACCGGAAACGCACCAAAACCAACCAUUUCAAACCCGACGAGUUGUCUAGCAAGAAAAAGGGCCUCAAUACUAAGCCACCUUUGAACGAGCCUGACCCAAUUGAAGCUCUGCCCAAACCCACCACGCCACAAUUAUUGGUAUCGCUGACUGUAUUUAACAAGAUUCAAGGCCUGAGGCGUCAAUUGGGAUUGGAAACCGAACUGGAGGUGGUGGAGGUGCUCCUGGAACGAUCUCUCCAGUUGGAAAAGCUCCAGAAGCGGUGGGACGAAGAGGAACAGUCCAGGAAAGCAAAGGAGAGUGGGGAGACUCGAGAGAUCGAUCACAAAGAGUCCAAGAAAGAGGAAGUGGAAUCUGUCGGCGGCCCGACGCAAGAUACUCAACCUGUGGGCAAGCAGAGGAGAAGGCGAGGACGAAAGUCUAUCCCCACCAAAGUUCGCAUUAGUCACUCCAUUCCCGAUAAGGCCUCUACACCAAAGCUCCCCCAGCCAGCCGACACUACUGGUGAUGCCAAAUCCGUUGGUAACCAUCCUUCUUCGCCCCAAAUUACGACGGCCACAUCAAAAGUGGCAGCCUCGGCGCCCAAAAGUGGGAAAAGGCCGCCAAUUAAGCCUCGCUCCAAAUCCAGGGAAGUACAAAUCAGCAGGAAACGGAAAUCAUCCUGGGAGACACCUGGCUCUCCAUCAAAAAAUACCGUCGUCGAGGAUCAAGAUCCAGUCGGGGAAACCCAAUCCGAUCAUGACGAGGAUCCCCUCAAAACAGACUCAACCGAGGAGCAAACAUGGGUGAAGACAAUCAAACGGAAGAAAAAUGGGUCCUUUGAUUGCCGAAAAACGCCGAGUGGCGGCAUUGCCAGCGAACUGCAGUCCAAUGUUGAGCCAAUCUCCACCAGUCCUGUCAGUGAUCAACUCCAAAUAGACGAAUCAUCCAAUGGAGCGGCCCUAGAACAGACAUGCCAUAUCUGCGAUGGCCUCCACGAGGGCACCUGUCCAAUGUUGGACCCCACGGAGGUCGUUUCCGAUUCCGUUAUUGAUUUCUCCACCUCGGGUGGAAAAACUAGUCAGAGUGACGAGAAUGAUAAGAGUCCCAUUCAUUUGAAUCAUGUAGAUCUGUCAAAAUCUUUCGCACGAUUGAGUCUGCCAUUGGCCUUGGAGCUUAAAGACACUGAGCCCAAUCAUGGCUUGGGCGUCCGUGUGAAGUGCGAGGAGGGAAUCAAGGCCCGGACUCAAUUCGGGCCUCUCCAAGGAGAGGCCAUUCUUGAGCGCGAAAUCCCCGAGGAUUUCCUCAUGAAGGAUCUGUGGCAGAUCAAUACAGAGGACAAUCGACACAUCUAUCUGAGCACGGUUAACCCUGAAAAGUCGAACUGGAUCCGAUACCUGAGACCCGCUCCCAGCCGUCAGCAUCGCAAUCUGAGCACGGUCACACGUGACAACCAGUUGUUUUUCAUCACUCUGACCGUGAUCCAACCAGGAGAAGAGUUGCUUUAUUGGACUGGGGAACAAGAUCUGAGUUGGACCAAGAAACGGGCGGAAAAAACAAAUUGCGGUGGCUGUAACAUCAAGUUCUCGCAUCCACUGUACUAUCGUCUUCAUUGUUCCGUGUUCCAUGACCCCCAAUACUCGCUCACUAUUCGGAAAUACCAUUGCAAGGUCUGCGGACUGACUGUUUUGGGCAAAGAAAAUAUCAUCAAGCAUGCCACCGAGAAACAUGAUGGAAAGGGCGCCUACCAAUGCCAAUUCUGUCAAAAGCAUUUUUUGCGACUCAACUACCUGGACAUGCAUCGCAACUACGGCUGUUCAUCCAAUCCCAGCCGCACUCGACCUUUAUGCAAAAUCUGCGGCAAGAAAUUUUGCCAGCCACAAAAACUCAAGAUUCAUCUUCGACGCAUGCACAAUGGAGGGAAUCCUAAUGCCCUGGCUGAAUUUGAAUGCACGCUUUGCCAACGGGUUUUGGCCUCUAACAAUGCCCUUCAGCGCCAUAAACGAGAGGUCCAUGCCAUGGAGACUACGCCAUCAGCUUCGGUCUCGGUCUCGUCCUCGAAUUCGUCGCUUUCCUCGUCCACUCAAGAUGCUUCAGCCAGAGUGGCCUGCGAAAAAUGCGGACGAACGUUCAAGAACAAAUCCAACCUGAAGAUUCACAUGCUCACUCACUCGGGGGUCAAACCAUUUGGAUGCAAAAUCGAGGGUUGUAAGAAUGGAUUCACCACAAAGCAAUGUCUCCAAUUCCACUAUAAACGAAGCCAUGGUUUGAACGAGGAAGACAUGCCCAAAAUCGAACGAGAAGUCCCUUACACCAUGACUGCCUACUCCGGGCUUCACGGAAAUGUCAUGAAUCGGAGGGCGGAUCCGCAUAAUAAAGACGGAAGGAUCUUCAGGACCAAGAUCAGACAAGAAAAAACACCCAGGGAUACAUUGGAGCCGGAUGUUUACAAAUUCGAGGAUGAAGAGGACCAACAACAACAACAACCUGCCCUCAUGUCCGCCAGAAUGGCUAAUAAAAGUAGCUCUUUUUCCACCACCUCCUCGCGCGCAUCAGUCUCCAGGCCAUCCACCACAAGUCUUUUAGAUGGGCCAUCGACUCCCUUGGCCACUGAGAAAUGCAGCCUUUUGGUGGUGGCGGCCCUGGCCGCAGCGGAACAGGAUAUGGGGGGAGGGGGGUCAUCCGGGUCCGAGGCGCUGGAUAUGAGCAGCAACGAUGGAGAUGACGGUGGCCAAAGUUUGGUCCCGGCAAAUAUCGUAGAGGAAGACGGGGAUGCCGAUAAGGCGAGCCCCGUUGUGAGCCAUGACCCGUUGGAAAACGCACACGAUUCUUUGGAUUACAGCGAGACUCUGGAGAGCAAGUCGUCCAUUAACAAGGUGUUAUCCCACUCUACUGAAAGUAUGAUCUCGUCUCCUCCCACGAAUGAUUCGGCUCCGUUACCCAUGAAGGUCCAUGAAUCGUUUCAUGUGCCCUCGACCAGUAUCAGACGCGAGUUUCAGUUGCCCUCGAUGUCUGCAGACUACGCUAAGAAUCAAAACGACUUAAACAUUAGUUCUUCUUAUUUGCCACCCUAUUCCGACGCCCCUCCUAGUUAUAAUCUAUACCCAGGGAUUGAUGUUGCCCCCAGUCAUCGCAGUGUUUCCACAAGUUCAUCUCAGGGAUCUCAGAAUCCGCCAGCUUCUUCUGGAUCAGGAUAUCCGUUGCGGUCAUCCGUUGACUAUCAUUCUAGCGCAAAUUUCCGAUAUCCCCCGCCAAGUCCCGGGGAUUAUUUGCAUGAGCACAGCAACUCUGAUCCACGGUCCACUUCAAUGGACCUCAGUUUGAAUCCACUGGAUCCCAUUCCUCGGAAUCAGAGCUCUGCCAUGCAUUUGCCCCCUUUUCCUCAUGACCCCUAUUCUUCCCUAUCUGGCCCCUUGCCGCCUUUUCCUGGUAAAGAAAUCCACGAGAGCCGUUACUUAUCCAAUGAGCGAGAGAUGGCCGCCUCCGCGUGCAUGUACCCAAGUCACCAGAGCUACAUGAAUCAUUAUGGAAAUCCCGCGAGCUACCCAACAUCAAGUGCUCGGCUGCCUCCCAUGUCUUCAUAUCAAAAUCGAUUCCCCCCGUCAGGAGCAUCCUAUCCCUACGGGUACUUUUGAUUUGUUCCUUUGGUCCAUUGUUUAGGCUAGCCCCUUCAUGUGCUUUCGAUGUCAGAACAAUGAAUGAAAAAAAGUUAUACGUAUAUCUUCUAAUGUCCCAAAUGUGAGUUCUACUUGUGCCAAAACACUUCUUCUUGUUUGAGUCAAGUGUCUUCGUUGCACUUUGAUACAUCAACCAAAACAGUAUUAACCAAAAAUGCAUAAUUCUAUUGAUGAUUAUCAUCAGUGUGUCCAUGUCUCCGAUUGUGGUGGAAAAAGUGGCAAUAGAAUUGGUUUGCAAUUUCUGUGUACAUACGUACAAAUGUAUUCAAAGGUAAUUAGACUAUUUAUCAUGUU